AUGCUCUCCCCUCUUGUUCCUCUUCUGAAUCUCUCACCCCUCUUCAUCCUCCUCUCCCUGCCCUUCACCAAUCUCUCUCCAGAAAAGGGCAUCUUCAUCCUGGAGAGUGAGCCGCUGAAGCGCUGCGUCACGGUGGACCGCUCUAACCUGGUGCUGGAGGACUGCGAGCGGCCCACACGCCGCAUGCUGUGGAAGUGGGUCUCCCAACACCGCCUCUUCAACGUGGGCACCAGCACGUGCCUGGGUCUCAACAUGUCAGACACGACGCAGCCCCUGGGCACGUUCGAGUGCGACAUGACCCUGCCCGUGUUGUGGUGGCGCUGCAGUGGAAAGAUGCUGUACGGGGCGUCCCAGUGGAAGGUUGCCGUGGCCGGACGUUUGUUGGUGGUAAAGAAAAACUCUCAUCAUGUGUGGAAAAGGUACAACACAGCUAGAGAAGGGCCCUGUUCGUAUCCAUAUGAAGAUAUCCACACUUUGUUGGGGAAUGCACAUGGCAUGCCCUGCGCUUUCCCCUUUAAAUACAACAACAAAUGGUUUUCUGAGUGCACGAGUGAGGGGCGUGAGGACCAGCUGCAGUGGUGUUCUACCACUACUCGCUAUGAUGAAGCUGAAAGAUGGGGCUUCUGUCCAGUCCAAGAUACCAGUUGUGAGCAUUUCUGGGAGUCAAACCAGGAGCUGCAUGCAUGUUACCAGUUCAACCUGUACACCAUCCUGACCUGGAGUCAGGCGCAGUCAACCUGCCAGGCUCAAGGUGGAAAUCUGCUCAGCAUCACCAGCUUGGCAGAGCACAGGUACAUCAGAGAUCGACUGGCAAGUGUGGGAGUGAUGGUGUGGAUUGGGCUUCACCACCUGAAGGAGGGUCGUGGCUGGCAGUGGUCUGAUGGAGCACCUCUGUCAUUGGUCAAUUUUACCACAGCUCUACCUGCCAGCCCACUGAAAGACAACAGACAGUGUGGAGUGUACAACUCAGCCUUCGAGGGUCACUGGCAGAGCCUCUCCUGUGAGUCCGCGCUGCCUUACAUUUGUAAGAAAACACCCAACAACACCAGGAGAGCAGAGCCACUGG